GGAAACUGAAAGGGGAAUUUCCGAAGAAGUGUUCUGCUUGUGGAAUGAGGGGGAGGAGGAUACAAUAUAAACAGAGUUGGAUCAUGAUGUGGAGCAGCAUCUGCAUUGAAUGUUCAGAACAAUGAACAACAGCCAAACUCUCACAACUGUUACUCUCUGCAGCAACAGAAGCAACUAUGAGGCAAGUUCCCUAUUCCUUCAGCAUAUCUGGGAUUUCAUCCUGUCCCAUCAAGACAUCAUCAGGUCUCCCUUCUAUCCAGUCCUGUACUCCUUCACAGUCUACCUGGCUUUCUGUAUUCCUUACCUGAUAUUGGAUGCGGUGGCUCCUGUCAUCCCUGCUCUGAAGAGGUGCCAGGUGCAGCCACGUGGUGCUAGACCCACGCUUGCCAUGGUGAUGCACUGCUUGGCACACACAGUGUACAGCCACUUGGUGUUCAUCUUCCCAGUCACCGUUGCCUAUUGGUACUGGAGACCAGUGCACCUGCCACGUGUGGCACCAGAACUCCACCGCCUGGUCCUAGAUGUGGUGGCAUGUCUUCUCCUGUUUGACUUCCAGUAUUUCGUGUGGCAUGUGCUGCACCACAAGAUCCCCUGGCUGUACAAGACAUUCCACAAAAUGCAUCACAAGUACACCUCCACCUUUGCCCUGGCCACCCAGUACUCCAGUGCCUGGGAGAUGAUGUCCCUUGGUUUCUUUGCUGGGGUGAGUCCUAUUGUGCUGGGGUGUCACCCCAUGACAGAGAUGGCAUUCUUCGCGGUCAACAUCUACCUGUCUGUGGAAGAUCAUUGUGGGUAUGACUUCCCUUGGUCAACACACAGACUCAUCCCAUUUGGUCUGUGUGGUGGACCUGGACAUCAUGAUCUGCAUCAUGAAAAAUUUGUCUCUAACUAUGCUCCUUAUUUUACACACUGGGACAAGCUAUUUAAUACACUUGCACAGAAGUCUGUGACAAAGGGAAAGAGCAAAGAGACAUGAUCACGCUUACAAGAUAUGUUCCAUGCUGGAAAAAUAUUCUGCACUGAAGAGACUAGAAGUUGUCCAUUUCUGAAUUAGUGGACUGAGGUUGAGGACCAUCUUCUGGGAAUACAAGAUAAGACAUUAAAAAAAUGAGUAUAUCUUGUACAGUACACUCUUGAACCUCACGUACUGAUUUCUAAGCCCUGACAGUAUUUAUCAUCAGUAUCUUCAAUCAACAUUAGCACUUCCGUUAGUAGAAUGCUCAGAGUUCUAUGGUCAAUGAUGGGUCCAGCUGUGAGCAUCCUUCAGCCUAUCUCCAGUUGUUCAAGUUGUUUACUGCAGUCUUUCUAAUGAGAGUUUAAGGCACUUCGUUAAUUAUAUUUAUAAAAACUGGAAAGGAAAUGUUACAAAGACUAUUUGUAUAGUAGAUAUGUGUUUGAUAGAAAACUGAAAAAAUAUAAAAUGUAUUUAUUUUAAAUGUUUAAUUUUAAAUGAUCGAUGGCAUGGUGCAUUGCUUGUCAAAAUAAUAUAUUUUUAGAUUAAACAGUAUUUAUUAUGGCAUAAUUGCCUUUAUGUAUGUUUUGUAAGGAGAAUAAUAAAAUACUGGAGGGAGGAGAUAUGGAGAUAGAAUAGAUGAACAGAAGAGGGGAAUAAAAAGAGGGAGAGAGACAAGUAAGAAGAGAUGUAAAAUAGGUGAUUGAGAGAGAUAUAGAACGUGAGAAUACGGUAAGUGUAAGCAACCUGGCUCGGAGUUGUGGUACCACAACAGCUGCAGGCUAUUCCUGAGCAAUACAUUUCAUAUGCAAGAUAACAUCCAGAAACCAUCUAGAACAGAGGUGCCCAAAAGAUAGAUCCCCAGAUGUUGUAGAACUCCAACUACAGUGAUGCUUUACAUUCUUUUAGAACGCUUUUAGAAUGACAAAGCAUCAAGGAAGCUGAUAUAUCUAUUGGGCACCCCUGUUCUAGAUGGUUUCUGGAAGUUAUCAUGCAUAUGAAAUGUAUUACUCAGGAAUAGCCAUCAAGAAACAUUGCAGCUGUUGUGGUACCACAACUCCGAGCCAGUUUCAGCUACAGCUGAAUAACAUCCUGCAAACUGCACUUCCACCACUGUAAAGCCACCAGUUGACAAACUCUACCUGUUUCAUGAGAAAACAGAGGUCAAUAUAAUGUAUUCUUUAAAAAGUGACAAAAAGAAAAUGUGUGUGUGUGUAUAUGAAGGUGGAUAUAAAGCAAAAGAAAGUGAAUAAAGAAAAAAAGGUUUUAAGUAUGUUGUUAAUUUCAUUUUUUUCUCUUUUCAAGACCAGCAGAAUGUUAUAAUGUGACAUUAUAUGGAUACAAAUAAUGAUUUCAUAUUGCACUCUACUUGCAAUUUUAUUGAUAGAGCCAGUAGUGUCUUUGUUAUGAUAUAUUAUCCUGUUGAAUAUUAGAUUAUGUAAUUGUAAAUCUGUGUGCAAUGCGUAUUUAUCUAAUUCAGAUGAAAUGAAUGGGAAAUGAAGUCUAAUUUAUUGCCGCAAAGCAAC